CGUCAUCAUUACGCGUCAGUGUUUAUCAUUAAAAAGUGGCUAGCUGCGUGGUAAAAAAAAUCAUCUUGAAUAUUGACUUGGAUAAAACAUAUGUCAACAGGUUAGAAGCAAUUUAUAUACAUCAACUUAUCGUAUAUAAUUCUCGUCUGGAUGGCCUUGAGCACUGAAUGAGGUCUGUUUUCUCUGUGUGGUCCUCCUUGUGGAGCUGAAAUGGGCCAGCAAAUCUCUGGCCAGGCUGUGAUGGGCAAGCUUCCUGAGAAGCUACUCAAACAUGCCGGAUUAGUGCGGGAUAGUAGCUAUCUGACCUAUGAAGAGUUUCUGGCUCAUGUAGCAGAGUUGAAUGAAGUAACUGCUAAGCUGGCAGUUGGCCAACCAAAACAUCUCCUUUUUGAGGUUCAGCCUGGAUCUGACACGUCUGCUCUGUGGAAAGUGGCUGUGAGGAUAGUGUGCACCAAGAUUAAUAAGGAGGAUGGUAUGGUGGAAGCCUCUCGCAUUAUGAACCUGUAUCAGUUUAUUCAGCUUUAUAAAGACAUUACCAGCCAAGCAGCUGAAGUUCUGGCAGCAGAGGGCAGUAUGGAGUGUUCCUCUGGACAUCUUUCCUCUGCAGCCUCAUGCCAGGCCAGCAUGUGGAUGGGAAGGGUGAAGCAGCUUACGGAGGAGGAAGAGUGCUGUAUCUGUAUGGAUGGGAAAGCAGAUCUUAUUCUGCCCUGUGCACACAGCUUCUGUCAGAAAUGUAUUGAUAAGUGGAGUGGCCAGAGUCGAAACUGUCCCAUCUGCCGGAUCCAGUUGACGGCUGCCAACGAAUCCUGGGUAAUGUCUGACGCACCCACAGAGGAGGACAUAGCAAGCUACAUUCUCAAUCUAGCGGACGAGGCUGGCCACCCUCACAGACCUUAAUCUGAAGCACUACAUCUCUUUUAUCACUCACUGGCUCUCAUUAUUAGACUUAAACUCAUUUACUGUAAGAUGCUACUUUGAAUUAUGUAGGUUAUUGACGUGAUCUUUGUUGUCUUAUUUGCAGGCAGCAAUAACCACUCACUGGGCCUCAUUUAUCAAGCUGAAUACAAACCAAGAUAUUUUUUAAAACGAUUCUCAUGAUGAUUGCAUAAAAAUGGGCUAGUUAUGAAAAUCUAGGUUUUUGUGUAAAUUUGCAUUUCAUAUUAAUGAUCUGGAAGAAAACGGUCUAGAUCAAGACAAAUAUUCCAUGAGGACAAAAGAAGUGCUGCCAUAUAACAUAAGGAGUUAGCGUGUGCCUACAGGAUCUGACUUACCACAGUGACUGAGCUGCAUUACUGAGGAUUUUCAUUAAAUGCAAAUCAGCUGUGCCAUGAAUGCACUGUGCACUUUAUGGGUGAUUUGCAUUUGUCAUAUAUGCACUUGAGUAUCAAGGGGGGAAAAAAAUGGCAGAUGUUUUUUUUAGCUCCGUUUGGCUUCAGAAAAAGAUUACACACAUUAUUAAAAGAUUGAUAAUUGAGGCUCAGUGUCAUUUCGAUUUAUGUGAUUUGUUCAGCGUCAGUCAUUUAGAUUUUUAUGGUGUGAAAUUUUUUGACUACUUGCUGCUUUUUUUGUUUUAUCUCAUCUAAGCUGUGUAUACUAAUGAAUGAAAGAAAUGGAGGUUAUAGCUGCCUUUCCUUACUGAAGUGGUGAUCCACAGAAUGUGCAUGGUGUUUUAUUUCUCACAAGUGUUGGAAGUUACUUAAGACAUAUUGUAGGAUAAACAGAAAUGCAUCGGCCGAGUUACCCCGUUUCUUCUGGCAACUUGCUAACAUCUGCUUAAAUAAGGUGUUCUGAGAAAGUGUUUUUCGUGUAGGGCACAAUAAUUGUGUUGACUAGGAAAAAAUAUUUUUGCUUGAUUUAGUCUAUCAAAUGUGAAAAGUUGGAAAGCAGUUCUAACUACUGAGAAUAAUUUUUUAAAAAGUUUACUUCUCUCAUCUAUUGAGACUUGCACAAGAAUCUUUUUUUCCUCUUAAUUUUGCAGUUAAUUAUUUAAAAACGGCUUUGAAAAUGCAUUUUCUGGUUUAUGUAUGAGAAUAUAAAAGCAGCACAGUAGAUGUAUAUUUUUCUUGACAUUCUAUCAUCAUUCUAAUCCUCAUUAUUAAACUUUUUAAAUGUUGAAACAAUUGCAGGCUUACGACAGUAACUCGUUUCUUCCAAAAAAAGAAAAAAAAAGUUGAGCUAAAAAUCAAUAAAAGUAUCUCUCUUUUUUUACAAUAAAAAUGUCCAAAUGCAGUUGUAAGGAACUGUUUGAAAAUGUCACAUGCUGUGUAAUCCAUGAGUAUAAACUUUGUUUUUAUGUUUUUAGACAAGUAUAAAACUUUAUUCUUGAAAAGAGAAAUAAAGAUUUUCUGCUUGGCA